UAUAUACACAGAGUACGCGAUAUUACAGUACAUGCCACUCUUGACUAUGAAUUGCACAAAGCCCCCUAUAAAACACCUUCCAAAGACCUCUCCCUCUGUCACUACCCACUCACCCACCUCGCAUAGCUCAAAGUGCUUUGAGAUAGAAAAAAAGACCGCCAAACUCAGUAACCAAAAAAAAAAAGAAGAAAAGCAGAGCAAGAGAAAUUAAUGGCUUCUACCGUUGAUCAAGGCAGAGACACUUCGAUCUCCGCCGUCCAUUUCGACAUCCUUCAAACCCAUAUCUUGACCAGACUCGACGGCCCGACUCUGGCCUCCACCGGCUGCGCAUCGUCCACGCUGCACGCGCUCUCCACCGAACAGAAACUCUGGACGGACAUCUGCAACCAGACGUGGCCUUCCACCAACGACCCACUUGUCCACCGCCUCAUCUCUACCUUCCCCGCCGGUCACCGCUCCUUCUUCUCCGACUCCUUCCCCACCCUCGACCACCGCCGUUCAUCACAGCCAAAUACCGAACAUCCGGUACCCACAUCCCAACUCAUCUCAGCCGUUGAUAUUCAUUACCAGGACAAGCUCAUAUUCUCGAAGCUGCAGGAGAGCGAGACCCUGAGCGGGUGGUUCAUGUGCUCGCCGUUCCGGUUCGACCUGCUCGACCCGAAAGAGUCGGUGCCGACUCCGGUGAAACUCGAAGGCGGAGAGGACACGUGCCGGUCGAACAUGGAGAAAAACUUGACUAUCAGCUGGGUCGUAAUCGACCCGACCCGAAAACGGGCGGCAAAUGUUUCGAGCUUGAGGCCUGUUUCGGUGCAACGGCACUGGCUGACGGGUGAUAUAGAGGCGCGGUACGCGACGAUCAUGGCCGCAGAUCGGAGUUGCACGUCGUCGGAGUUUGUGCAGUGCGCGAUAGUGGUCACGUGCGGAGGGAAGGAGGGAGGGGAAUUGCACGUGAAGGAGGUGAGCCUGACAGUGGAGGACAUGGAUGGGAAAACACUGAGUGGGAAGGAGUGUUUGGUAAUUUUGCAGGAGGCCAUGGGAAAUGGGAGAAGAAAGAAGGGAAAGGGAUGGGAAGGGAAAGAGAGGUAUGAGAAGUACUUGGAGUUGAAGAGAGAGAGAAGGGAGAGAAAGCAGAGGAGAGAGAAGACAUUGGACAUGGUGUGCAUAGCCACUGGGGUCACCAUUUUCCUAGCUUUCUGGGCACUAAUUCUCUUUAGAUGAGAAAAUACAGUUAGUUUUUUAGUUUCUAUAAUUUAAUUAUUACAUUCAUAUAUAUAUAUUAUCUAUAAAUCGUUUCAUAGAUUGAGAGUAUGAAGGAAAAGAUGGAUGUUUAUAAUUAAAUAGAGGAAGGUGAGAUUUACAAUGUAAUAAUUGAGAGUGUAAUUAAUUAAUUACCACAUUAUUUACUAAUCUUGAUUUAAUGAAAUUAUUGUUCAUGCC